AGCAGCCUCCGCAUCAUGACGUAGCGCUCUGCAUGAAACCAGAGUUUGAGGAACAAGCUACUCAGGAAGUGCUGUCCACUGUGAUAAAGGCCCACGCUGACACAAAACGUUUUUUCGACUCGCUUGGUGGAACCGGGAGAACCUCGGUGUCGGGACCUUUAGGAUCCCACCUUCGCCGUCCCGGACAUGGCUGGGCUCGACGGACUCAGGGUGCUGCUGCUGCUGGCUGGGCUGGUCGCCAUGGCAAACUGUCAGGACAAUCCAACUGCAAAGCCGAUGCCUCCCACUGGUCAGGUGAAUCCCACUGUUCUGGAGACUACCACUGUUCUGGAGACUACCACUGUAGUUCUGGCGACUACCACUGGUCAGACGAAUUCCACUGUAGUUCUGGCGACUACCACUGAUCAGAGUGCCACAGUCUCACCCUCACUCACUGCAGUCCCAACCUCCAGCAAUGCAGUCUUACCCGCAAGCACUGCAGUCUCAACCUCCAGCAAUGCAUCCUCAUCCUCAACCAAUUCAUCCUCACCCUCAAGCACUGCAGUCUCACCCUCAAGCAAUGCAACCUCACCCGCAAGCAAUGCAUCCUCAUCCUCAACCAAUUCAUCCUCACCCUCAACCAAUUCAUCCUCACCCUCAAGCACUGCAUCCUCACCCUGGAAAAAUUCAACUCCUAACCCAAGCAGUCUUCCCCAGACCGUUGCCACACAAACCAGUGUUCCCACAGCCACCACAGGUCCUCCACCCCCCAUGUGUAAUUACAGCGGUGUAGCAGAUAAGACUGGCUUUCUGUUCACCUUUGAAAACGGCACUGAGGGCAACUACAGCAUCGAGCUCACUGAACUAAUCACCGGUGUAUCGAACAAAGUGACGAACGAAGUGACUGUGCCCCUGAAUGGCACAAACCCAACCCAUCUUCUACAAUACCUAAAGCCUUCGACUGUUUACACAGUUCACAUUAGUCCAAGCAAAGAUCUAACAGUAACAUGUGGAAGGAAUCUGGAACUGAAAACCAAUGACAUCGAUCAGAAUGAAAUUGAAGAAAUUAAACCCGAUUCCUACGAAGAGAUUUGUUACGAGACUGAAUGGAAUAUCAGUAAUGCGAAGUUUGAUGUGUCAAGCAAAAAGUAUGAAUUCUGCAUCAAACCGAAGUACACAGACCUUUGUACAAAUUUGACGACCCUCAGUUAUCCCCCAAUGAACUGGACCAAAUGGAUCGGUUUAGAAUACUUGAAUCCCGUUGACAUUACACUUGAAGUUCCCAAUAAACUUCCAGCAGAAAUCAACUGGAAGAAUCAAGAGGAUUUAAAAUGUAAAGGUCUUGGAAUUAAUUUCACCUGCCAAGGCCCUGGCACAACGAAAUACAAGCCGGAUGAGCUAGAGCCUUACACAAAAUACCCAUGCACUGGUGUACUGUAUAACCUGCAUAACAAAACCAUUGCAAUUGAAAAGACAGUCACCAAAGAAGUCUACAUCACUUGUGAUAUAGAUAUAGAGGUGAAAGCUACAACUAAAAACGUGUCAAUACGUUUAACCUGGAAGGCAAGGAGCGAACAGUGUUCGCAUUUCCCAGAGAAUAAGAACUUCUCGUAUAUUUGUAGCUGCAAGGCGGUCAAGGCUCGUCCCAGUAGGGUCAUCGUUGCUCUCUCCUCCAAGGAACAUUGUGAAGUGACUGGUUUGCUGCCCUUCACUGCGUAUAAUUGCGAAAUUCAACCUCGUUUCAACGGUAAACUCAUUGGCAUUCCACACGGAAAGGGAAACAUUUGGACCAGCGCUGGAGUGCCCAACAACGUUACAAUUAAAAGAACAACUCAGGUGGAGAACAAUGCCUUCCAGGUGGAAUGCACUGAUUUUAUAGAGGGCGAUUGGAGAGGUCCAAAAGGAUCGUACCGCGCCACAAUCACACCUGGAGUUCACAAGGAAAUACAAAACAGAAGUUGUUUUUUCCAAAUCGGUGAUCUGAGCUACUCCACGGGGUACACGGUAUCGAUCGUCGCCUUCAAUGGAGUGAAUUCCGGGACACCGUUGAUAGUCCAACUUCAGACCAGCUACAACGACAGAGUUCUGAUUGGGUUCCUGGUGUUCCUCAUCCUGCUCACGGCUCUGGCCCUGUCCUUUGUGCUCUACAAGAUCUACAUUCUGCAGCGCAAGAAGACACAACAGGAUGAUGGUCUCCUGCUUACUCCACAGACAAACGAGGAAGACCAACUCAUGCAUCUGGAGCCCAUCGGGGCGGAGGUCCUGCUCGACGUCUACAAGAAGAAGAUCGCCGACGAGGGAAGGCUGUUCCUGGCCGAGUUUCAGAGCGUCCCCAGGAUCUUCUCCAGGAACACCAUGAAGGAGGCCAAGAGGUCGUACAACGCCGUGAAGAACCGCUACGUGGACAUCCUGCCUUACGACUAUAACCGCGUUCAGCUGACCAGUGGGAACGGAGAGCACGGGUGUGACUACAUCAACGCCAGCUUCAUCAACGGGUUCCAAGAACCGAAGAAGUACAUCGCAGCUCAAGGACCCAAGGACGAGACCGUGGCUUCCUUCUGGAGGAUGACCUGGGAGCAGAAGUCCUCCAUCAUCGUCAUGGUGACCCGUUGCGAGGAAGGGAACAGGGUGAAGUGCGCCCAGUACUGGCCGUCCACGACCAGCACGCCGGAGGUCUUUGAGGAGUUUGUCGUCAAGCUCAACAAAGAGGAGCAAUGUCCGGAUUACAUCAUCCGCCUUCUCACCCUGUCCAACAAGAGGGAUAACUCCGAGCGGGAGGUGACCCAGAUCCAGUUCACCAGCUGGCCGGACCACGGGGUCCCCGAAGACCCCCAACUGCUGCUGAAGCUCCGCAAGAGGGUCAACGCCUUCAAGAACCUGUUCAGCGGGCCCAUCGUCAUCCAUUGCAGCGCCGGAGUGGGCCGGACCGGGACCUACAUCAGCAUCGACGCCAUGAUGGAGAGCCUGGAGUCGGAGCGCCAGAUGGACAUCUACGGCUACAUCGUCAACCUGCGCAAGCAGCGCUGCCUCAUGGUGCAAGUGGAGACCCAGUACAUCCUGAUCCACCAGGCGAUGAUCGAGCACAACGAGUUUGGCGAGACGGAGAUCGGCCUGUCUGAGUUCCACAGCACCCUGAGCGUGCUGCAGGAGACGGGCUCUGGGGUGGAGACCAGCCUGCUGCAGGACGAGUUCAAGAGGCUGCCCAAGUACAACAACAGGAGGACCUGCAACACCGGCCUCGCCGAGGAGAACCAGAAGAAGAAUCGCUCGUCCGUCCUUCCAUACGACUACAACAGAGUGUUCGUGAAGAUCGAGGAGGACCACAAUGAGCCCGACGACCGGGUCUACGAAGAGGAAGACGAGACCGCCUCCUCCUCCGAGGAAGACGAGGACUCCAUGAAAUACAUCAACGCCUCUCACAUCGACGGGUACUGGGGCACCGGCAGCCUGAUCACAGCCCAGAGCCCUCUGGUCAACACCACCGCCGACUUCUGGCUCAUGGUCUUCCAGAAGAGAGCCGCGGCCAUCGUCAAUCUGUCCGACGGCACGCAAGGCGAUUCGGAGUGUUCUCCCUACUGGGGUAAGGAGAAGACGAAGUUUGAGGACAUCGAGGUGGAGGUGACGGAAACAGAGUGCACGCCCGUGUUCACCGUCCGCACCAUGCAGAUAUACCACACCAAGCGGAAAGAGAGUCGUCAGGUGAAGCAGUUCCACUUCCUCCAGUGGCCGACCAAGAAGCUCCCUGAGAGCGGCGGCCUGCUGACGGACUUCAUCCGCUCCGUCAAGCAGACCUGUGGCUGCAGCACGGGGCCCCUGGAGGGCCGCGGCCCCGUGAUGGUCCACUGCAGUGACGGCUCGCGGCAGUGCGGUGUGUUCUGUGCGCUGUGGAACCUCAUGGACAGCGCCCAGACGGAACGCAUGGUGGACGUCUUCCAGAUCGCCAAGGCCCAGCGCAGGCAGAGGCAGGGCAUGAUCAGCAGCGUGGAGCAGUACCAGUUCCUGUACGAGGCGUUGGCGGCCGCCUACCCCGUGCAGAACGGAAGUGUGACGGCGGCGCCCGUUAGCGUGGCAGCCGGGGACGCCGUGCACAUCGUCGACGAGACGGGACGAACCCAGGAGCCGGCCGGCAUUACCGCGGACGGCCAGCAGGAGGAGGCGGCGAGCACGCCUCUGAUUCAGAAGGAGGAGAAGGAGGAGAAGGAGGCGGCCGACAACGGGUCCACCGUUACCAUGGAGGUCUGAGGGAGUAGC